AUGUCUUCUCCUAAGAGCUCAUCACAGACUGAAGCUGAAGCUAUGGCAGUUUUUGAAGCUCUUAGAAGGGUUAAGCGCUUUAGGUUGUUUGAGCCGUCUCUCGGGGUUGUCGGGUUUGUUGUUGUUACUGCCUUCGUGAUUUGCUGCUUCUUCUAUUCGGGUAACCGAUAUUUUGCUGAAAGAUUUGGGUUACUGGAUCAACCACAGAGGUUUGCUUGGUUGCGGAUAGAAGGGUCUACUGAACAAUGCAGGGUUGAGUUUCUGGGAGAAAAGGGUGGUGAGUGUGAUUUGUUUGAUGGGAAUUGGGUCUGGGAUGAGAGUUAUCCCUUGUAUCAAUCAAAAGAUUGCAGCUUUCUGGAUGAAGGAUUUCGGUGUUCUGAAAAUGGACGACGUGAUUUGUUUUACACCAAGUGGAGGUGGCAACCCAAAGGUUGCAAUUUACCCAGAUUCAAUGCUACAAUGAUGUUAGAAAAAUUGCGAAACAAACGCAUGGUGUUUGUGGGGGACUCAAUUGGGAGAAACCAAUGGGAGUCACUCUUAUGCAUGCUCUCUUCUGGUGUUUCUAACAAGGAAUCAAUCUAUGAAGUGAAUGGGAGCCCAAUUACAAAACACAAGGGGUUCUUGGUGUUCAAAUUCAGUGAUUUUAACUGUACAGUGGAAUACUAUAGAGCUCCAUUUCUCGUAUUGCAGAGCCGGCCUCCUACUGGAGCUCCUAAAAAGAUCAAGACAACUCUGAAAGUGGAUAAAAUGGAUUGGAACUCUUUGAAGUGGAGGGAUGCAGACAUCCUGGUCCUUAACACAGGGCACUGGUGGAAUUAUGAGAAAACAAUAAGAGGGGGUUGUUAUUUCCAAGAAGGUUUGGAAGUUAAGUUGGAAAUGCAGGUAGAAGAUGCAUACAAACGGUCGAUUCAGACAGUGUUGAACUGGAUACAAGAUACCGUAAAUCCAAGCAAAACGCAGGUUUUCUUUCGUACUUUAGCCCCAGUGCACUUCAGAGGUGCGGAUUGGAGAAAUGGUGGGAACUGUCAUUUGGAAACACUGCCAGAGCUUAGUUCUUCAUUGGUGCCUAAUGACAACUGGUCACAAUUCAAAAUAGCCAAUGCUGUCUUAUCAGCACACACAAAUAUUUCUGAAGCUAUGAAGUUCAUGGUAUUGAAUAUAACCCAGAUGAGUGCUCAGAGAAAAGAUGGGCAUUCAUCUAUCUAUUAUCUUGGUCCAAUUGUGGAUCAAGCGCCUCAUCAUCGCCAAGACUGUAGCCAUUGGUGUCUUCCUGGUGUACCUGAUACAUGGAAUGAGCUGCUUUAUGCACUGUUGCUUAAACGUGAAGCUGCUCACAGUAACUUGCAACAUUCACGAGCAUGA